AAAUUCCACUAGUUGCACAUCCGGGUCUCCGAUUAACCCGAACAGUCACUGCAGCUACCUUGUAACCAAUAGCUGUGUGGAAAAGGCCAGUCAAAAUGCAAACGUUUCUUGUAAACAUCGCAUUAUUUUCGUCUCUGCAGGUUUUGUUGUCUUUGACGUGUUUUCAACAGGUUGUCGACGCAGCCAGCGGGAAAGGGUUUGGAGAUAACAUCCACUGGAGGACGCUGGAUGAUGGCAAGAAGGAAGCAGAGGCCAGUGGGCUGCCAAUCAUGCUCAUCAUCCACAAGAGCUGGUGUGGAGCCUGCAAAGCACUGAAGCCCAAAUUCGCCGAGUCCAAGGAAAUCUCCGAGCUUGCACACAACUUUGUCAUGAUCAACCUGGAGGAUGAGGAGGAGCCAAAGGAUGACGCCUUCAGCCCCGAUGGUGGAUACAUUCCUCGGAUUCUUUUCCUGGAUCCCAGCGGCAAAGUCCAUCCUGAAAUCACCAACAAGAAUGGAAAUCCAAACUACAAGUAUUUCUACAGCAAUGCAGAUCAAGUUGUGUCUGGUAUGAAAGAGGCUCAGGAGAAGCUGACGGGCGACGCCUUCAAGCACGGUCACACUGGAGACGAGCUGUGAGGAGGUGGACGCGGUCAACAGGCAGUAAGGGCUACACUUCCUCCACCUGAGGCGGUGCUUCAAAACGCCCUGUAACAUCCCCAAACAAACCUCCACCUCCCACCCACUAAUGUGUGAGGGUCCGUCUCACUGACAGAACAAAGCCAAUCAUUAGAAAGGACCUCGAUUCUCCAGUUCUGCUUUUUGUCCUGUGAAGUUUUUACCAACACUACAACUCAAUUUCCUGUCACAGUCUGUGUUUUAAAACAUGUAUAUUUGUAACUACUGUUAAUUAAAUGCCAUGUACUGUACCAACUGUCUGUAGAGGAUAUAACCAACUCAAGCUAGCCAAGUUAACUGUUUCUAACUCGCACUUGAUGUCUAGAAAUUGCCAAGUUUUCAAGUAAUUUGCCUUUUUUGUGUCACCGGGCAACCACGAAAGUGUUUAUUUUAGACAUCUUACACUGUAGACGACAUGAAAUUCAUCUUAACCAGUAGAAUCAUGUUUCACCGCCAACAGCAAUGACACUCAGUACUUCCUAUUAGACAAGAUAAUAUUUUAACACCCUCAGUGAUGUGCUUCCAAAGAUCCUCUACAGUAUGUUCAAUCUAUCUGUGACUUUACCAUGAACUACAACAUGGACUCUGUACUUCUCUUUUUUCUUUAAGAUAUUAUUCAUUGAAUCCUGCCAAUGUAUGUAUACUUGCUGUAAUAGCUGUAUCUACAUAAUUGUUUUUUCUUUUCUUUUUUUUUCAGUUCUGAGUUCUGUUUAACUACUUGUGAAGUGACACCACCAGGGCUGCAAUUAAUGAUUAUUUUCUCGAUAAAUCGAUUAGUUGCUUUUGAUAUAAAAUAGCAGAAAAGGGAUGAUCAGUUGACCUUGAGGGUCUUGUGUUGUCCACAAUGCAAAUAUAUUCAGUUUACUGUGGUAGAGGAGUAAAGUAAACAAGAAACAUUGACAUUUGAGGAGCUAGAGUCAGAAUUGGUUUUUUUUUCCCCUUAAAAAUUACUCAAACUGAUCAAGAGAUUAUCAAAAUAGUUGGUGCUUCAUUUUAGAGCGUAAACUAAUCGAUUAAUCGUUGCAACUCUAGACACAAUUCUUUUUUUCUUGUCAGCCUUGUUAAACUCUUUGAAUGAGGGAUGAAAAUUGGUUAAGUGUCUUGAUGUAUUUUAUACAUGUACACAGCCAAGUGUGCAAAUAAAGUUUGUUGUACUGA